UGCCGGUGCCAUGCGCGGCGGGAGCGGUGGCGGCCGCGGCGGGACAGCUCGGGAACCGCCUGCCCGGCCCCGCCGGGCCCCGCUGGGGCUGCGGGGGGGCGAUGGGGCCGCGGACGCCGUGGCCGAUCCUCGCCACAGGGCUACUGCUCACCACUGGGCUACUGCUGAACACCGGUACCGGGACCACCGGGAGCGGCGCAGGUGACAGCUGGUGGCGGCGCCAUGUGGAAUUGGGACAGUCCUGGUAUGUCACCCCGUGGGUCCUGAGGGACAACAGGACACUCAGCCUGGCAGAGGCGACACAGGGGGGGUUCCCUGCCCAACUGCAGAUCCUGCUGGAGCUGGAGGGGACGUGGCUGGUGCUGGAGCUGGAGCAAAACUGGGAGCUGGUGCAAGGCACUGGAACGCUGCUCUAUUACCUGCCCAACGGCACACGGGUGACACAGGAGGCCAGAAAGCAGGAGCACUGCUGCUACUGGGGGAUCGUGCAAGGCUUCCCCAGCUCGUGGGCCAGCCUCUGUGCCUGCGCUGGACUCAGUGGCCACCUCGGGCUGUUGGAGAGCAGGAGCUAUGUGCUGGAGCCAGACACCGGCAGCCCCCUGGGGCGACACAUCGCGUACCAGCUGCGGGGGGCCCGGCUGGUGCCACGGGCCUGUGGGCAGGACCCCCAGGACCCUCUCCGGGCAGCGGUGGAGGAGACACAGCCCCCCUGGCUGCAGAGGGGCAAGCGGGCGGUGGUGGAGCAGCGGUUUGUGGAGCUGGUGAUGGUGGUGGACCAUGCUGCGUUCCAGAAUUACCCCAACCUGCAACGUGUCCGCACCCGGACCCUGGAAAUCGCCAACCAGGUGGAUGUGUUCUUCCAGCCACUGGGAGUGCGGGUAGCCCUGCUGGCCGUGGAGGUCUGGAGCGAGGGAGACAAGUUCACAGUGGGCAGCAGUGCCCGGGCCGCACUGGAACAGUUCCUGCACUGGCGCCAGCAGGAGCUGCUGCCCUGGCUGCCCCAUGACAAUGCCCAGCUCCUCACGGGCACCCACUUUGAUGAUGUUUCAGUGGGGAUGUCAGCUCAAGCCUCCAUGUGUUCCCCUGCACGCUCUGGGGGGGUGAGCAUGGACCACUCGGUCAGCGUCCUUGUCGUUGCCUCCACUGUGGCCCACCAGCUGGGGCACAACUUGGGGUUGCGGCACGAUGGCACCGGGCGCUUCUGCUACUGCAGUGACCUCCAGCAGGACCGUGGCUGCAUCAUGGCAUCACCCACGGGGCUGACACCUGGCUUGAGCUUCAGCAACUGCAGCCAGCAGGACCUGGAACGCAGCCUGCAACAGGGACUGGGCUGGUGUCUCUCUAACAUCCCCGAGCCCCGCAGCCUGGCCGGGACCCCCCGCUGUGGGAAUCGCUUCCUGGAGCCGGGCGAGAGCUGUGACUGCGGCCUCAGCGUGGAGUGCACUGAUCUCUGCUGCAACAGCAGCACAUGCCAGCUGGUGCCUGGGGCUGCGUGUGCCACCGGGGACUCCUGCUGCCAGGACUGCCAGCUGCGCCCUGCUGGACACCCCUGCCGGGAGCCCCAUGGCGAGUGUGACCUGCCUGAGUUCUGUGACGGGGUCUCUCCCCACUGCCCCCCUGAUGCCUUCCUGCAGGACGGGCAGCCCUGUGCCAGCGGGCAGGCAGUCUGCUAUGGUGGAGCUUGUGCCACCUACGAGGGACAGUGCCAGCAGCUGCUGGGGCCAGGUGCCAGCCCUGUCUCCAGCUCCUGCAUGGCCACCCUGAAUGCCAAUGGAGAUGAACGUGGGCACUGCGGGCAGCUCCCCAACGGCUCCUACAUUGCCUGUGCCCAGAGGGAUGCUGGCUGUGGGAUGCUGCAGUGCCACCAUGGUGCUGGGGACAGACCAGAAGGGUCCUGCCGGGGAACCCUCCUUCUUGGGGAUGAGGACGUGAGCGAUGGGGCUAUGGUGCUGCCUGGCACUGCUUGUGGCCCCGGGAGGGUCUGCCUCCAGCAUCGGUGCCAGGACAUCUCCGCACUGGGUGACCAGCAGUGCCAGAGCAAGUGCCACGGGCAUGGGGUCUGCAACAACUACGGGCACUGCCACUGCCAGCGGGGCUGGGCCCCCCCUUCCUGCCAGAGCCCUGGUGUGGGGGGCAGCCAGGACAGCGGCCCCGCCACCACCGAGCGAGGGGGGAGCGUCCUGCCCACUGCCCUGGCGCUGAGCACGCUGCUGGGGCUGGGGCUGGCCCUGGGGCUCUGCUGUGCCCGCCGCGCCAGCCUGCACAAGCACCUCUGCCAGCUGGGCAAGGGGACGUCCUGCCGGUACAGCGCUGAGACCCAGGUGCGAUUCCUGGGUCCAGAAGGCGCAGACGGCUGGAACGGGAUCUCGCAGCCAGAGCCUCAGUCGGGCAGCCGGGACCCCCCCGCGCGCCCCCGGCCCCCGCAGUGGCAUCGGGCCACAGAGCUGCAGGUGAUGCACAGCAGCAAGCCGGCUGCCCUUGGCUCAGCCCGGCCUGAUCCACCCUCCCGGCCUCUCCCGCUGGACCCUCCACCCAAGGCCCCCCUCUUGGACAGGCCGCCCCCCCCCACACGCCCGCUGCCUGCAGACCCCCCAGGCUCUCAGCCCCCAGGUCCAGCCAAGCCACCUCCACCUCAGCGGCCGCUGCCCUUGGACCCCCCAGGGCCUUCACUCCCCCGCAGCGAGACCUCCCCCAGUCACCCCUAUGUCACGGUGAUUCCCUCCAGGCCAGCCCCCCCGCCGCCCGCGGGCAGCCCGCCGGAGCCCUGAGCAGCGGGUCGGGAUCGCUGCAGCGGUGCAGCCGCGGAGAAGGCCUCGUUUCGGGCCUCGCCUCCCGCUUGCCCCUCGCCGCCGCCAAUAAAGGGGCCGUGAGCUGCC